GGCAACCCAAUCCAUGUGCUAAUUUCCUAACCUCAACAAAUGUCAAUAAUAGAACAAUUUUAUCAUUAUGGGGAAGUUUAGGAGUACAUUAAAAGGCAGGACGAAAGGAAAACGAUGGCCGAAAGGCCAAAGUUCCAGUUCCAACCCGGAGACGAAGAGAUACCGGGACAUAGCGAAAUCUCGCUUCUUCCAGGAAAACUUAGGACCCAGCAAUUUAACAUCCGAUGCGCUCAAACAACACGAUGCCGUACAAUCGUUUAUACCGAAAUCUCGAGAAACCAGCAAAAUGGAGGAGGAUACGGAAUCUUCGGUUGGAACACAAUCUUCGUAUAUUACAAUGAAAUCUUUCGCUUCGGAAUGGUCGGAUUGCAGUAACAUGUCUUAUAAUAGAUUUUUGAACGUCUUCCGUUCGGAUUCGGCUUUACAUAAGGAAAUGCUGGCUAUUUUGGCUGCUAUUACGGAGGUUAUCAAAGAUAACGGUGGAUCUGAAACGUCUACUGAAUACUUUUGUGCUCUAAUGACGACAUUGGAAGAAGUUUAUAAUGCCGAAGAGAAAAACGAAGAUCAAGUUACAGCUGUAUUGGCUCUAUUAAAUAUGGGCAUUAAAACGGUUCCGGAAGCGGUUUUGAAGAAAAAAUUCGACGAUAUCGCUUUGAAAAUGUUACACAUCCUUAGCGAAUACGCCAAUUCCGAAAACAACACGAUAAUCAAAUCGAUUUUCGGCAUUUUAGGCUCGAUUUUGAGAAUACAAGAGCUGCCGAUGUGGACCAACGAAUCGACCAUUCAGAUUUUCAAAGCCAUUCUAAAUCCGUUUUGCACGCACACCAAACCAAAGUGGCGUAAAGCUGCUCAGCACGCGGUAACGCUCGUUGUAACAACGGGAUCUUUUAUCAAAGAAAACGGUCCUAACCCAGCGGCCGAUCGAGCCGCGGAGUAUUGCGAACAAACGCUGGAUUCCUGCAUGGGUGGAGCCCACGGAGCCGUCCUAGUCUCCUCCGUACAAUCCCGACAAACCACCAUACUGCACGUGCUCGGCCUAGUCAAAGACAUCAUAACGAAAUACUCGAAAACUCAUUUGAAAGUUACUUGCGAAAUUUUGCUGAAACUGAUGACCCUGAACUAUCCGAUAGUAACAGCCUGCUGUAUGCAAGCCCUGCACGCCGCCUUCUCGGCCCAAACCGCGGUAGUACCGGCCAAACUCAACGCCCAAUUAAUUACCGCCCUCUACGAUUACCAACCGCCCGUUACCGACGUCCAACCCACCCAAGCCUGGGUGGCUGUCAUGCAGCAGGCCCACGUUCAUCUAUCAGACGUCGACGUAUCGUUAGCGAUGGCCGCGUUGCCGAAAAUAUUCGACCACCUGACGCAAUUGUGGCUGUCGGAGAAGGUCGAGGUGAUGACGGCGACCACGCACAGCUUGGUGGUGUUGAUAAAGGACGCGCUGGUGAACGCUUGCGGCUCGAAGGAGUCGGUCGAACGGCACAAAUCGAAGAUCGAGCAUUGCGUGAAUUGCGUGAGACAGGGCUUGGGUUAUCAGUACAACGCCAGUUGGCACCAGGUGCUGCACGUCGUCACGGCGCUGUUCGAGACGACGGGGGCCCAUUGCGGCGAUUUGCUGUUGGAGCUGUUGAAAGGCUUGGCGGAGCUUCGGGAUUCUUAUAAGUUUAGUUAUAACAACGAAUUGGAGCACGCGGUCGGCGCCGCUGUGAGAUCCAUGGGGCCCGAGGUUGUUCUACGAGUGAUAUCUCUGAAGAAACCGAACGGUGAUUUGAACAUCGAUCGUUCUUGGCUUCUACCUGUGCUCAAAGAAAACAUCAAGUUCUCUACGUUGGAUUAUUUCGUUAACGGUAUAUUACCUAUAGCGUUGUUUUGCCAUCGGCGAUCGUCGCAAUUGGCCCAAAACAACGACGGUAUCGGAGCUCACAGUUCGGAGUUGCUCUAUUUGCAAUUGUGGAAUCUUUUGCCGUGUUUCUGCAACCAUCCCACGGAUAUUAAAGAUAAUUUUAAGACUAUUGCUAAAAUUAUGGGAACUGCCAUUUCCGAUAAAAAAGAACUCCGUUUAGCCGUAAUGGCUGCGUUAAGGAAGCUGAUAGCGAGCGCUAAGGAAUCGAACAACGAGGACGAUCUCCGUGAAUUGAGCAGAUUCGAUAAAAAUUACUUACCGAUAUUGUUUAACGUUUAUACGACUAAACCGAUCGGUACCGACGAAGAGGGCCAACGAUUAGCCGCUUUGGACACCAUAAAAGUUUACUUAUCUAUAGCGAGGCCGGAACUCAAUCAACAGCUGUUCAACAACGCCAUGGAGCGAUUAAACAGCAACUCCGACGAGCCCGAAGACCACUUCAUCAAAGAAUCCAUCUUGGAUUUAAUUAGGGCUCUAGUGCCCUAUCAGAACGCCGACAACGUCGAUCAACUUUACCAGCAAUGCGUGAAAAAUCUUCCGCAAAUUAAAAACAACAAAGAACAGAAGAAGGCUUACAGAUUAUUAGAAGAAAUAUGCAGCAGCGACACCGAAGGAUGCAAGCACUUUAUUCGAAACAACAGAAAAGAGAUUCAACGAUUGCUAACGGCCUCGUUGAAUUCCGCCGCGGUGUCCAGCAAAGGGGCCAGAUUGCGGUGCUUCAAUUACCUGAUCAAGGCGCAGCCGCAGCUCGAUCACGAUUCGAAGCUGAUCAAAUCGACGAUACCCGAAGCGAUCGUGUGUUGCAAAGACAUCAACGAAAAGUGCCGGGCCACCGCUUACGAAUUACUCAACACCAUCGGCAAUACGUUGUUGGAUCACGAUAAGAUGCAGGAGUUUCUCGCGUUGAUAAUAGCCGGUUUGGCCGGUACGCCGCAACUCGUCAGUUGUACCGCCUUGGCUUUGGCUUCGGUUUUGCAUAAUUUUUCAGGUACUUUGGGUAUGGAUAAUAUAAAAAUUGUAUUGAGUAACAUUUGCACUUUACUGUCGUCGCCUACGAGGGAAAUAGUCGCUUCGUGUCUCAGUUUUAUUAAAGUUUACAUAGUUUGUUUGCCUAGUCCAAUGGUAGCUGCUUCUUUGCAGACUUUGAUGAAAAGUUUGUGUAGCAUGACGGAGGAUUGCAAGAGGCAUUUCCGAUUGAAAACCAGAGAUAUAUUAGAUAGAUUAGUGAGAAAAUACGGCUGUGAAUCCCUCACACCCUUCGUACCGCAAGAAGAUACCGUCAUGUACAAACGGUUGAGGAACUUGAGGAAAUUGAACACGAGGAAGAAGCGAAGGAAGGAAGACACCGCGAACGACGAAGACAGCGACGAAGAAUUCAGCGUCAAAGCGAAACCGAAGAGCGUCGAAGAAAUUUUGGCCGAUUCCGAUUCGGAAUUCGAAGACAUGGAGACCGAUCAACAACCGAAAGUAAAGAGCAAGAAAGAACCGAAAACUUGGAUCGAAGAAGAUCCCGAGAGCAUCGUAGAUUUCACCGAUCCGUCGGUGAUUCGCAAAAUAUCGGCCACAAGACCGAACGAGAAACAGCAAACCGUCGUCGAGAAGAAGAAAAGCGACAGGGAUCGCGGAUUCAAAACGGCGCCCGACGGCCGAUUGAUCAUCAAAGACGACUCGUCGUCGGACGAGGAAUCCGAUAAAAAGAUCCGAUUCGAGGCGAACUCCGACGACAGCGACGACGAUUCCCAAAGCAAAGCGGAGACGAUGCUGUUGACCGAUAGGAAACGCAAGCGCGGCAACGCGAGCGUCAAAAGCGGCUUCAGCAGCGCCAGUUUCCAACCGCCGCCCAUGAAGUACAAGACCGGCGGUGUGGGUAUUCACAGACCGACAACCAGCGGUUCGUCUUCGGUGAAAAGCGGCAAUGACAAUCCGGGCUCGGAAUACAAAUCGAAGAAAGCGUCCGGCGAUAUCAAGAAGAAAGGCAAAGUGGAUCCUUACGCUUACUUGCCUCUGAAACGGACGGCGUUAAAUAAAAGGAAAAAGAGCAAAGCCGCGGGACAGUUCAAACACAUCGUGAAGGCCGCUAAAAUGGGUGCUCUGAAAGGGGCCAAGGCGAAAAAUAGAAAAUAAAUAUUUGUUAUUACGCUUGAAUUAUUAAUAAAAACUAGUUUUUAAAAACAAGAUUUUGUUUUCUGUAGACUACAAAAAUUCCUAAUAAAUAAUAUUUAAAAUGUUUACUUACACUUUACUCCAACAAAUACAUGUAGACACUCAAAAGGAACGUCCACAAUUUCAAAUAAUUAAACUUACAGAUGAACCCCUUUAAGAAUUGAGAAGCAUAUUUCUAAAAUCCGCGUUGCUCUUUUUAACUUUCGCCGGCGAAUCAUCGUUUUGCGUCGGUUUUUCCGAAAUAUUUUUGAUUUGAACCGUCCUCGGAACCAUCAGAGGUACUUGCAAUCUGCUCCUCGAAUGCCUGAUGGGCUCCAGGGUCUCAUCGGGCUUCUUUUGCGACGGCUUCGGAGGAUCGCUGAUGGCCACAAACAAUUCGCAGUCGUCUAUACGCGUCGAAUUUAGCGCUUCCAACGCCCUGCGAGCCUCUUCUUUGGUCUCGAAUUCGACGUAAGCUAUACCUUUCGACUGGCCGUUCUUUUUGAAAAUCAACCGAACUUCUACCGGAUUGAAUUUCUUGAAAAUUUCUUCAACGUCCUCCUUCGUUUUCGUCACGGGAAGGCCUUUGACGAAGAGUUUAUUUUCUUCGGUGUUUGUGGAGUAUUUGAACUCUUUCUUGGUCUCCAAUUUAUCGGAUUUCAGUUCAGAUAUAAAGACAGGUCGACCGUCUAUUGGAGUUCUGUCUCGUGCUAAGGCUGUUAGAGCUUCUUCUUCUUUGGAAAAAUGGAUGUACCCGAAGCACCUGGAUUUUCCCUUUUUAUCAACCACCAAGCUUACUAGUAAAGCGUUCGGGAAGAGCUGUUUUAGUUGCGGCUCCGUCACCUUGGGAUGCAAGUUGCUUACGAACACUGUACAUUUAGGGUCUUUUUCGAUGGGUUUAUUGACAACAACGGGCGCUUUCUCUUUUUCUACUCUCGGUUUCUUGAAGGUAGGAGUACCGUUAGAAUUAAACUCGCCGUUGGUAGUUUCGUGUUUCCUUUUGAAAUUUCCACUUCUAUGCCCCGUAUCACUUUCUGUAGCCACUUGAGAGCCUCGAGGGAUCUUUUUGAGCUGCUCCGAACAUUUCAUAACGUCUUCUAAAGAACCAAUUUGGCGUUCAAACAACAUCCACUCUUCUCCUAUAAAAUGGGCCCAAUCCUUGCAGGCAGACAGCGCUCUUUUAAAAACACUUCUAGCCUUGUGAAUUUCGCCGUAUUGCCUUUCGAUAUUG